AUGUUUUUCGGCUGGGAAGCGGACGAAAGGCAUCCACCGGGAAGGAGAGCAGGUAGUAAGGGAGCGGGGAAGAAGAAGGCGCCGGUCACUUCUUCCACAGGAGGUAAAAAUGUCGCUGUGCCGUUUUUUUCGACGCCUCCCCCUGCAGCUCCUGCGGGCGUGGUUACAACUGAGGAGCGAAGGCUAACUGGUGAGAAUGGGCAGCAUAGUGCUGAUCCGAACAAGCCGUCUAACAGCUUUUUCUCCGAGGGUUUUCUCAAUGGCGGAACGGGCUUCGGCUGGAUGCAAAAGCAGGGGAUGUCGGACGCGCAGACGGUGAAUAUUUUUGGUGGUGCUUCUAAAUCUACUGAAGAGUUGUUUGCGAUCAAACCAAAUAAGCCACUCUUUACCGCCACUUCUCCUGGGGAUGACGACAUGAAUAUUUUUGGACGCGAGAACAGUAUUGGCAGAAGUUUUGGUGGCGGAAUUUUCUCACAACCUGGUGCCGAAGAUGAUGAAAAACCUCCUCCGGAAGUUGUGAAAAAUAUUUUCGGGGAAGUGCUUGGACCAAGAUUUUCAGGCCAUCAAGGAAAGUGCGAAGGAAUAAAGAACGAAGGAAAGAACGACUCAUCAUCGGGACCUGGUGUUGCUUCUACUGGGACAACAGUAUAUGGAAAGGGAGGAUAUAUUUUUUAGAAAUUUCCCCACCUGUUGUCAGUCAGAUCGAUAGCCAUCUUUUUGUGAGCAGCGGCUGACUGUCCUUUUAAUUGAUACCUUAUAUUGACACAUCCAAGGCUGUGACAUAGUGUGUAUUAAGUUGUAGGAUGAAAAAAAUAACGGGCAGCUGCUGUGAUGGUCCUCGAUGCCUAUGACCAACCUGUUUGGAGAAAGACAAAGAGCUACACGAUCUUCCUUACUUUCAUAGAAUUGCGGAGCGUCGCGCGGCCGCGGCCUCUUCACUCGUGCUAUGCAAGUUUCGGGUGGUCGCGCGAAACGCGGUCAGUGGUGAAGAGUUUGAAAUUGAACCUGUGACACAAUUUCAGGUAGAAGAAGAUGCCGCUAUCACUGUUAAGAGCCCUUCUUGCUAAUCGACCACUUCAACACCAUGAUAUUAAACUUAUAAUAUGAAUACAACUCAUAGAAGCGGCCGUAAGAGGCUGAGGACAUACUUCAUAUUCACACCCACUACAAGCACAAUAUGCAAGAGCAUAGUGCUUCAAAAUAGGAGUGUGCUACUUUCUAUGAGGCUGUUUGAAGCGCUAAGGGGAGAAGCUAUGAUAGUAGACUCGACCUAGACGAGGAAGCGCAAGUGCCAAAUAGGUGAAGAUGAAGAUCUUCAUAGGUCACGAAGUAGUUGGUUCUAAGAAAUUGGAAGCACCACUAUUACCCUAUGAAAGCUCCUGCUACUUAUAAAUAUAAGUAAUCAGAUUAAAAAAGAACCUUCAUACUUCUAAUAGUGGAGGUCGAUUGCAGGAUCAGGAAGAGCGAAAUGGCGCGCCUGCGUUGGGGAGCCAUGGCCUUUUUUCUUAAGAUUUCACUCUUCUGUCGUGGAUGAAAAAAGAUAAUGCGCUAAUUGGUAAUUUAUCAUGUAAUAACUAGAGACUGUGAAGAAGACCACUUUCUUUUCUGGAUAAAGAUAAUGUCCUUUCUAAUUGUUAUAUUGUUUGUAGCGGCAGUGCUGACUGUGAACGUGAAGACUCCUGCUGUAUAUCUAUAUGUUGUGCCUUCAAAUGCGAAAACUCAUCUUGUUGUAACAGCUGGCAUGUUCUCUACUUUAAAGAAGAUACAGCAAGUCGACCUCCUGAAGAGGGGCGUCGAUUCCAAGUAAUCCUGUACUACUUUAGCUUUGAGUUAUUUUGUUAGCUGCAAGGAAUUUUCAGAAAUUAGAUGAUCAUGAUGCAGUGUUUGUGUUUGUCACACCCGCCUACGCGCUGGGCAUAUCAUCAUAAAGCCCUUCGACCUUUUUUUCCCUCCAAUCAAUGAAUAAAGUCCGUCUACUAGUAGUCGAGGGCAUAUUAACAGUCCCUCUUCUAGUACCUAUGGAGGGGAUAUUUAAUUACUAGGACUGUCCGCGCUAAGUUGGAGCACUUACAGCCUCUAUUUUUGACAUCCGCUAUGGCAUCGCAUCUACGCUGAGACGACGGCACGGAAAAAAGCACUGCUAUGCGGAACAUAUCCAGCUUCUUCAGCCAGAGCCCGUGGCGUCGGCGAGCAAAAUUUCCGCAGAGGGAGACGAAGAUGCCAGAGGAGAUGAAGGCACGACGAAGCUGGGGGACGAAGUCCAUGUGCACCAGGAGAGUAGUAGUUUAGAUCGAGAGGCGUGGGCGUAUGUAUCGCCGGAGCAGCGUUUAGAGAAUGAUCGUCAACGCCAGGCUUGGGAGUCUGAAGAGCUGUACGAUUCUCGACUUCGGACUAGCCGGGACGAUAGCGGUGAGCCAUUUUCCCAGCCUAGGUCGUCUUCUCUGGUACGAAGUGGGUCACUGAUUGCGGGGCGCGAUCAUAUGACGCCGUCGGCCAUGCAGGAAAAGGGAGGCACUGCAGGAAUUAGUAUUUUUGGAGCAGCAGGGCCAGCAGCAGAUGGAGCCGGGUCCUCAGCUCGAGAGAGGAGCAGCACAGAGAUCGCAGCGGUAUUUUCACGAGAUGAGAAAGAGAAAGCAAUCACACUCUGCGCUGAUUUUGUCGUCAGGCAUUUUCGUGCGUUUUCUUCGCGUAAAGAGCUUGACGAUGCUUUGCUGAAAAAGAUGAGGAUGAUGGCAUACACAAACAUCUAUAUGAAGGCGCCCGGUAGUGUUCGUCUCCCAGCGGCCACGAGCCCUGUAUUCGACAAUGGGCAGAACCACAACACUGCCACAGAAGAGGAAGGGCACCACCGUGGCGGCGCUAGAAUAAAUGUCAGACACGAACCGGCGCCCGCAGAAGUUCAACGGAUCGAUGAAAUUUUCGGGCCGCUUCGCACGUGGGACGUUUCGGAAGUGAGGGACCUUUCUUAUCUUUUCUCGGAGUCGCGGUUCGAUUUCCGCUUUGAAGAUUGGGGCGGGCUCGUGUCUGCGGCCCCAGAUGUUAGCGGCUGGCUGGUCUCCGGUGUGACGGACUUGAGCUGCGCCUUUGCGGACAACGAAAAAUUUGACAGCGACCUCGCAGAUUGGGACGUGUCUCAGGUCACAAGCAUGCGCGAAAUGUUCUAUGGGUGUCGCAGAUAUGGCUCUACUCCAUGAUGAUAAUUCUGUCCUCCUUGUUGUUCUCGUUAAAAAAUGCCUUCGCCGCAUUUGAUUUUGAAAGAAAAGCGAGGGGGCGGAUCAUGUGAGCAUAAAGAGUAGAGUAGUUUUAUUUGGGAUGUGGAGGCAUUUAGGUGUUUGUGAUUUAAGUAGGUAUGUAAAUGCGAGUGGGUGCUAGUCACUCCAUACCAGGAACAGCAGUGACAGUCGCGAGACCGUUGACAAUCAAUCCAGCGACGGGCUAGGCAAGGCUAGCGGGUAGAAGCCGCCAGAGAAAUCUUAGGCAGAUUUCUGAAUUAUAUCUGUUAUAGACUUCCAUCAUCCAGGGCGAGUAUGUGAAAUAAAGCGACUAGUUAGCAGCUGGCUCUAAGUAGACUUUUCGCGGCCGCUUGCAUCGUGGAGCGUUUCACGGGUCCGUGAUAUGCGGGGGAUGUUUUCUGGCUGUUCGACUUUCCGGCAGCCACUCGGGGCUUGGGAUGUCUCUGGGGUGACCAGCCUCGACUACGUCUUCCACGGUUGCGAAAAUUUUGACGAGUCGCUCGCCGGUUGGGACGUGUCGCAUGUGCAAAGCGCGCGUCGCCUUUUUGCUCGCUGUACUAAAUUCAGCGGGAAAGGGCUUGAGAACUGGGAUGUGUCGCAGAUCAAGAGCCUUGCAUACGCUUUUGCCUGGUGCUCGAAUUUUACGGCGUCGCUUGAAGCAUGGGACGUCUCCCGGGUCACAGAUGCGCAAAGCCUUUUCGAAGGGUGUCGUGAGAAGUUCACCGGGGAAGGCAUCGAGGGGUGGAAUUUGUCAAAAGCACACAACUUAUCGGGCUUUUUCAGUGACUGCACAAACUUCACUGCGUCUCUUGAAGCGUGGAACGUUUCGCAAGUGACGAACUUGGGGGGCCUCUUUCGAUGGUGUAAGAACUUUACCGGCAAAGGGAUCGAAGGCUGGGAUGUGUCGCAUGUCAGGGACCUUAGCUUUGCCUUUUCGGGUUGUUCGAAUUUAAUGGCACCGCUUAGCUCGUGGGACGUUUCGAAUGUGACAAAUUUGGACUCAACUUUUGCCGGGUGCUCCAGGUACAACGGGCCACUGGGUUCAUGGAGCGUCGCGCGCGUGACAAGCUUCAACGAAUGUUUCUCCGGUUGCAGCGAAUUCGACCAGGAUCUGAACGACUGGGACACCUCGUCUGCCAUCACGAUGAACGCCAUGUUUCACAGCUGUUCCAAAUUUAACCGUCCACUCGCGUCGUGGGUUGUUUCGAAGGUCGUUAGGGCAUACGGAAUGUUUAAGGGCUGCAGGAGUUUCAACCAGCCGGUAUGGCGAGUCUGGAAUUCACGUACCGUGUAUAACGUUCAGAAGAUGUUCGAAGACUGCGAAAAGUUUAGCCAGUCUCUCUCUGCCUGGGAAUUUUGUGUGGGGCCGGGCGCCGCCCCGCAUCCUGUUUACGUGUUCGACAUGUUCAGAAAUGCCCCGGCGUUCCGCUUGGAGCGCAAAACGCUACAGAACUGGUGCCGGCCGCGGCCAUUUACCAAAGGGUCGACGGUGAAUUCCGAUGCGGAGAAGUCCGCGCUCUUAUGACUGUGUUGUAAGUAGUAGAUAGAGGUACUUAAUAAUCAGAGUAGAAGGGUGUAUCUUAAAACACUGUUCUGUUUCCACUAUUCAAUCAAUAUCCGAUGACAUCACCGCAACGAGAACGACCAGAUGCACCUGUACAGGAAGCUAGAACAACGCACGUUGAAGAUACAAAGCUUUCCAUUUCCAGUGUCACCUAUUUCGUAUUUCCUUUUAUGAGGAACAAGGCCAACUUUGCUAUCAUGUACUUCUAGUCGAAACAAUUUGAUUACGACGUGCACGUUCUUAAAGAUUUUCGCUCAUUUUAGGCACUGUUCUCUUCGCUUCAAAGUUUAUUUGAUGUUCAUCUUCUAACUCGUCAGGAAAUGGGCCUCAUGGAGAGCCAAAUAAUAGAUGAUGAUGAUGAUGAUGAUGAUGAUGAUGAUGAUGAUGAUCCGGCUACGAGUGUUGAUGCAUCGCCACAAGGUGCGAGCGCGACCCCGCGUUCUGGGCACGACGCGAUUCGCUGUAUUGGUGCAUCGCUAGGGGCUGGCUCGACAAGAUUCGAGCGAGAAGAAGCUGCAAGAGAUUCUGCAGCGGAGAUGACGGCGGCGGUCCGCCUAUCUCUAGUGGAGGCAGGGGAAGCAGAAGAUGAAGAAGUCGAGGAACAGCAUAUUUUUAGAUUCCGCAGAACGAACGAGGAAAAUGUGACCAAGAAGCGUGAUGACGCGAAAGCACAGCGAUGUAAUUGCAGCUGUGUUGCUGGACGGGGGAAAUGAAGAUUUUUUUCAUACGUUAUUCUUAGACGUUUUGUAGUCGAGCUUGACGCUAGUGCUUACCCCUUCAUUCUAUGUAUGAGAGCUAAAAAGAAACUUGUUUUGCAAUCAUGAUCAGUUCUUACUGUUUAAUUUCCUCUCACCAGCAUCUAUGAUUGUCAUUGUUUUCUGCGAUGAAGUCGUGUCAACUUUGGCGCUAUGCCUGUUGUUGAAUGUUGUUGCCUGAAAAUCCGAUCGCACCACUGCUUGAGCCAAGAGCAAACUUCGGCGCGUGUACUUAUCAAGACAUGAACUUUUUACACCUUUUUUCCCCUUUUGAAAGGGGAUUUUCGAUUUUCAAUUUGAUUCAGAUUUUCGAGACUCGAACUCGAUUUUCGAAUUUUGAUAGAGAUUGACAUCGAAUCACGACUGAGCGACGAUAGAAGACUGACUGAAGACUGACUGCCUCCUGACUCGAGGAAAAAGCGGGAUCGUUGAGAGUGACUACAACUUCAAAAAGGAAGAUGAAUCGCAAGAGGCGGGGAGGAGGAGAGUAGCAUGGUAAUUCUG